CAGUCUUCAUAUGAUUUUUCAAAUACACAUUUAAGUAUAGAGGAAUAACCAAAAUAUUGUGGAGUUACUCAAGUGGUUUACCAAAAUAAAUCUGAAUUUAACUCCGUAUUGCAUUAUAUUAUACGUUUAUUAUAUUGAUUUAUGGCUUUGCAAAAAAGAAACAGGCGAAAAAGUAUUCAAAAUAGUGAUCCAGGCAAAAUUUUAGAUUUGAUAAUAAAUUUGAAUGAAGAUACGUGUGCAGGGUUACAAAUUAAAAUAAAUACAUAUCUGUGUGAAGAAUGCGAUUCGGAGUUGGUGCUACAAAUUGUGGUGAACGGCGAGCGCAUGGAGGCUUCAAUAGAAGCGGUGGGAUCAUCCAUGUUACCUAGAAAGCUGAAAAUAUGCAUGUCUCAAAAACUGUGCGAUGUUCUAAAAACGCCGAUGGAACAAACGGAUCUGUUGUCCAACUUCGAGGCGGACUUUCAAGCGAUUGUUUCUCCAUUUAUCCAAAAGGAUACUGCGAAGAAGCGAAUCGUGAUGUUCCCAGUGCUGGACAAGCCGUUUUCAGUUGUGACAUGCGUGGUUGCACCGAGAAUUGUUGAAGAGCACGUAGCUGUUCUCAUACACGAGUGUUUCUUAUUUUCGUGGCCAGCAUUGAAGAAAAGCAUAUGCUACGAAUACGAGUGUUCACUCAAACAGAAGUGUCAACAACUCCUAAGAGUAGCAAGAAGAUUAUUCACUCAGGUGGCAUCUUUAGAUACCCUACUACAGAUAGCAAUGGAACAAGCCAAGCAGCUCACAAAGGCUGAGUACUGCGCCGUUAUGUUAGUUGAUGUGGAGCGAAUGGAGCUGGUUGAAUCUUGUUAUAAGGAUGACAAAGAAGUAAUUGAACGCCGGUUUCCCCUAAACAUGGGUAUUGCAGGAUAUGUGAUACAGAGCGGAACGGUGGUGAAUGCUAAAUCAGCGAAAGAACAUCCAGCAUUCGACCCGAAAAUCGAUGGCUUCCCUGCUAAAGAGUGCAAAACAAUCCUUUGCUUUCCAAUUCGAGAGCAAACGGGCAUCAUUGGAGUUGGUCAGCUGAUAAACAAAAUUGGCGAUCCAUACUUCGAUGCAAUGGACGAGGAAAUGGCGCUCGCUUUCAGCAUCUACUGCGGUGUGUGCAUCACCCAUUCUGUUGUCUACCAGAAGAUACAGGAAGCUCAUAUUAGGAAUACAUUGGCCAAUGAGCUGGUUAUGUAUCAUAUGAAGGUAAGCGACGUAGAAAUGAGUCGUGUAUUGGAGUGCACCGGUUUCCACAACCAUCCGCAUAUACCCAGUUUGCAUUUCAACCCUCGUGCGCUGCCCAUGCGCGAGCUACCAUGCUACGCGGUCAAGAUGUUCUCAGAUCUCGGCUUUGAUAAGAAGUUUAAAAUAAGUCGGCACAAGAUAGUCCGGUUCGUACUGCACGUGAAGAAGGGAUACCGCGAUGUGCCAUACCACAGUUGGCUGCACGCGUUCAACGUUGCGCAGUGGGCGUUUGCAGCUAUUACCAACUAUAAACUUGUGCAGCAUGGUUUCUUCAGUGAUCUCCAAGCUCUUAUGUACCUGAUUGCUGGAUUGGUACACGACCUCGACCAUCGUGGAACCACCAACAGUUUCCAUAUCCACGGCCAAACAACACUGGCUGCCCUAUACUCAAGCGAGGGUAGCGUGAUGGAGCGGCAUCAUCUAGCUCAAGCUAUGUGUAUCCUCAACACAGAGGGUUGUGAUAUACUGCAGUCGCUGCCCCGCAGGGACUAUGAUAGGGCUAUCAUGCUGCUCAGAGAUUUUAUUCUUGCUUCAGAUUUAGCUAAUUAUUUCAAAAACCUGAACGAUUACAAAGCGAUCUCUAUGGAUUAUCAGAAAGGAAACAGAGUGCAUACUGUAGCGUUGCAAGCGCUUUUAAUGAACGCAGCCGAUCUCAGCGACCAACUGAAGGAUUGGGGCAGCGUUAAAAAGACCGCUGCAGCUGUGCUGACGGAGUUCUUCAAUCAGGGAGAUGUGGAGAAGAGCCGCGGUGGUCUGCCGUCCAUCAUCAUGGACAGGGAGAAGUGCUUCAUCCCAGAUCUCGAGAUUCAUUUCAUGCAGACAACGUGCAUACCUCUAUUCGAUGUACUCGGUCGUAUAAUUCCCAAGGCGGUGGCGUGCACGAAGAUAAUUGAAAAUCAUAUGGAGAGAUGGGAGGCUGCUAAGCCUGUAUUUGCAGAGGUUCCGCCAACGGCCGGUCUGUCUGUACUCCUAAGUCCGGAAUUAGACAACUUGAUCGAACUUAAUCUGAAAGAGAAGGAACGCCUACGCAUCGAGGCUGAAGCGGCCACGGCUGAACAACCCACUGAAUAACCAUCAUUUAGUAAUUAUAGUAUACAUGGUGUUCAAAAAUGUAUUGCAAAUAA